AUGACCUCAGCCCCUACAAUUCUUGCAACCUGCAAACAAACGCGAUUCCAUCUUCUAGAUGAUAACCCUUCCGCCGAGGUGGAUGUAGAAGGUCUUGGAAUCACCGUUGCAUCUCCCACCCCCGAAUCUACAGAUGACGCGUCAAAGUCCAAGCUUAAAGGGAAGUCCAAGGCCAAGGCGCAGGGCAAGGAGCUUCUUACCGAUGCGCACUUGCGGCUGAAAGCUGGUAUACGCUACGGACUUCUCGGGCGCAAUGGGACUGGAAAAUCCACCCUUCUCCGGGCAAUGGCCGAGAAGCUCAUUCCUGGCAUCACACACCCUACUCGCAUUUCUAUUCUCCAACAGAUUGAUGGAGAAUACACUGCGGGAGGCACAGACGGACUCAGUCUUGAAAAAGGCGUCCUUGACUCAGUCCUCAGCAGUGAUGAGGCUAGAAACCAAGCGUCCGGUACGGCGGAUUUGCUGUCCAAGAGUUUCGAAACAGAAGAUCCGAUACACCCAGUUCGAGCUAUCCGAGAGAUUCGGCACGAACAAGCGACAAAGAAGUUAUUCCUUGCCCAAAAGAUGGCAAACCUGAAGAGCGGUACCCGGGGUCUGCAAGCAAGGAAGGAUCUCAAAGCAGCCGAGUCAAAUCUGGAGAUUUCUCAUGAAAUACUUAAUCAAGAUUUAGAAAGCAUUGAUGCCGACGCGCUCCAGGCCGAUACCCAAGCUGCAAUUGAGAUGCUGGAGACUGUCCAAAGUCGGCUAGAAGCUAUGAAACUAUCCGAUAUGGAGAGGGAAGCUCGUAAAAUCCUUCUCGGUCUUGGCUUCAAAGAAGAUGCCCUCGAGAAGAAGGUCUCGACACUGUCCGGUGGUUGGCGAAUGCGAUGUAUGCUAGCGAGUGUCCUGCUACAGGGACCUUCAACCGAUAUCAUGAUACUCGACGAGCCGACCAACUUCCUCGAUCUACUGGGCGUAAUUUGGCUGGAGAACUACCUCCAAGCCAUGAGCGAAACAUGCCAAACGACCAUCCUGCUAGUUUCUCACGAUAGGGAUUUCAUCAAUUCCGUCUGCGAAGAGAUUGUCAUCAUCCGCGACCAAAAGCUGAACUACUUCAAAGGGAAUCUUGCGGCCUACGAGCAAGAUUUCGAAGAGCAAAAGCUCUACUGGGGCCGGAUGAAGGAGGCACAGGAAAAGCAAGUCGCUCAUAUGGAAGCGAGUAUUCGCGACAAUAUCAAGGCCGGUAAGAAAACCAAUGAUGACAAUAAGCUUCGUCAGGCCAAGUCCCGGCAGAAGAAGGUUGAUGAUCGGAUGGGGCUCCAGGUGAAUGCUAAAGGUGGUCGAUUCAAGCUGAAUCGCGAUCUGGUCGGAUAUCAUUUUUCCAGACGUGCCGAGAUAGAAGUCCCGGAAGACGAGAGAGGAGCAUCAAUGAGUAUUCCUGAUGCGACAGAGCUGCGAUUUCCGGGGCCGUUGGUUUCGAUAGAAGGGGUGAACUUCCAGUACAAGAGGAAUGAUAAGAUUAUCCUGGAGAACAUCAAUCUAGUGAUGCAUAUCGGGGAUCGUGUCGGCAUUGUGGGCUUGAAUGGCUGUGGCAAGUCUACUUUGGUGCGAAUCUUGAUGGGAGGUAAUGUGCCUUCCAAGGGUAAAGUAACUACCCACCCCCGGUUGAAAGUGGGAUACUAUGGGCAGCACUCUGUGGAGGAACUUCAGGAGCGGGGAAAGGGGGACCCGUCCCUCACGGCCCUUGCAUUGUUGAUGGCGGAGGUGGAAGGGUCUUUGAAUGAGGGGACUGUGAGAGGACUGCUCUCUUCUAUGGGUCUCCCUGGUCGGAUUGCCUCGGACGUUCCAGUCAACAAGCUAUCCGGUGGGCAAUUGGUCCGUCUUGCCUUGGCGAGAAUCGUCUGGAGUGCACCACAACUCCUCGUCCUCGAUGAAAUCACCACCCAUCUUGAUUUCCACACGGUGACUGCACUCGCAACGGCUCUGUCUUCAUUCGACGGGGCUAUCUUGCUUGUAUCUCACGAUCGUUUCUUGAUCAGGUCCGUUAUUGAAGGGAAACGAGAUAUCGAUCACAAAUUGGACGAGGAAUUUGAGGGGUUGGAAGCAGAGGAUGCUGAAGAGUCUACCACUCGCCGCCGUUCAGUCUACGUAUUGAAAGCCGGGAAGAUGGUUGAGCAGUCGGAUGGGGUGGAGCAGUUUGAGAGGAGUUUAGUGAAGCGAGUACAAAAAAUGUUGAAUACGGGAUAG